GUUUAACACUGUGUAUGUGCAGUUAGAAGUUCUAAGCAAGCUGCAAAUCACAGCAGUGUCGUAACAAUCUCGUCGAGAUUUUAAAGAAAUUAAGUCAUUUUGAUCAUUACUGCGUAGCGACAGGAUGGCACUAUCACCAUUGACCAGCAGUUCUACUGUCCCACUGUCCUGUGGUCUGCAGAUCCCCAUUUGUGGACUAGGUACAUCACAUGAUGGUGGAUUCUCCCAUGAUGCCAUUGUGUAUGCACUCACUGAGUGUGGUGUGCGCCACAUUGACACAGCCAAAUACUAUGGUUGUGAGGAGGAACUGGGCAAAGCCAUUGAAGAAAGUGGGCUAGCACGAAGUGACCUGUGGCUCACCAACAAGCUGUGGCUAGAAGACCAUGGAUACAAAGCAGCAAAGAAGGCCUGUCUUGAUUCCUGCUCACAGAUGGGGGUGAAAUACUUUGAUCUGUACCUGAUGCACUGGCCUGGGUCACGGACACCUGGUCGCUCUAACAGAGAAAUGAGAGCAGAGACAUGGAGAGCUUUGGAAGAACUUCAUGAAGAAGGAGUGUGCCGAGCCAUUGGAGUGAGUAACUUUAUGGUGCACCACUUGGAGCAGCUAAAGGAAGACUGCAGUGUGAUUCCACAUGUUAACCAGGUGGAGUACCAUCCUUUCCAGCAGCCCAGUCACCUGAUGGAGUACUGUCAACAGGAAGGGAUCGUGUUUGAAGGAUACAGUCCUUUGGCCAAGGGUCAAGCCCUGAACAAUCCCACUGUCCUCCACAUCGCAGCAAAGCACCGACGCACAGCUGCUCAGAUCUGCAUUCGCUGGAGUAUUCAGAAUGGAAUUGUCACAAUACCAAAGUCCACCAAAAAGGAGAGGAUCCAAGAAAACCUCAAAGUGUUUGAUUUCCAGCUGGAGGACGAGGACAUGGCCAUGCUGCGGGGAUUACAUGACGGGAGACAUGUCACUUGGGAUCCAACAAAUGUGGAGUAAUGAUGUGUUGGACAGUACACCGUUUGUUUCUCCUGAUUUGGGUUUUGUCAGCAGCUGAUGAUGAGAUUACAGGACAAGUUAGUUAAGUCAAUGCUUGAUUGAUAGUUGACGGCCACACGAUCGGGGACGCUGUUCAAGGCAGAGCUUGAUUCUUUUCCCCUGUGUGUUUCCUAAAAGAUAAGGAGACGUUAAUUAAUUGCAGUGUUACAGCAUCAUAGACAUAGAUAUUAAAAAUAUAAUCUAAAUAUACAAAUGAAGAUGAAAAAUUGAACUGUACAAGUUAAAAUGUGCAUUAGGCAGGGGUAACAAACUCCAAAUGAACUCGGGGGGCCAAUGAGUGUCCAGUCUGGUCAUGUGGGGGGAAAAAAAGUGGGACAUUAUUUUUAAAAUCAACGAUAUUCAUGAUAUUUCACAGAAUUUCAAGUAAAUAACAUAUGGACAACUGUAAUAAAAGCACUUAAUA